GUUCUGAGGAGCAAAGCCCGUUGGCAUAGCGGUAAAAGAGCAGACACAUGAGCUUCACCAUAUGACUGGAUGAGUUCACUUCACUGUUUCGUGACGUAAGCUAGGAGGUCAGCCGAAAACCAUACUCCCUGCCGCUAAUCAAGAUACUCCCGAUUUGUGCACUUGUCAACACUCAUUAUUUUGAUGAAAAUUGAAGCACCCUUAAACCUAUUUGAGAAGCUUCAAAAGCCAACUUCUUAUUGGAUAUUCUACGUGCAACACGAGUGUCACAAUAGACAUUCUGCAUAACUACCCUGCAGAUGUGGUUUGAAUUAGAAAACAAGAUUAUGUGAUUUGGCCAUAUUAGACUUCCUCUUAAGGGGUUUCUUGCAGCAUUUAUCAAUAAGCUGCAAUAUACCUAGUAGCGAACAUGACCAAAAUUUAGCUGGAUGUAUGCUGUAUCUCUAGAGGCUGUCAGAGCAUUAUGUUGGGUCCAGAAGUUUUGACAAGAGAACCUUCCUUAGUGAACGAGUGGUCACAUUUGUCCUCUUCCUAAUAUGAAUACUACUCCGCCUAUCAAUCAUAGACAAUUCAAUGUACAUUUAUAGAAUUACUAGUAGAAAAGGAAAUAGAUAAUUUUUCCUUAUAAUUUUAGCGACAACCUAAGCGUAUAAAGACUACUAUCGUUUUUUUUUUUGUAGAGAAUAAAGUUUUUACAUAUUUUCUACACCUUGGUGGUUCUUCAAGUAUAAGCAGCGAAAGUCAAAAAUUUGUAUCAAAACUGGCAUACUCCGCACUCUAGGUACAUUGUCCACGUGUCACCCUACAUCUUUUCACGUGGGUAUAACUCCAUAGGUCAUUAUCUUUGAUCAAGGAUACCAAUUUAGUGUGUAUACAAAAUCUGCCUAUUUCUUGGCCUACUAGCCCACCGGAGAAAGCGAAAAUAAAUCUUAUUAUUUAAUCCAAAAUCUGGAGAGACAUUUCAGACGAUACUUUUCUUGGCCUAAGACUGUGUAGGCUCGUUGCGAACCUUGGCGAUGUUAUAAGAACGAGAAGUUUCUUAACUUGCGUCUGUUGAUACGCGGGAUUUUGUCGCGGUAACAACGCAUCUUAUAAGUCGAAUCAUGCUGAAUAUUGUGGUUGGCGUAGCUUUACUAGCUAUUGCUUAUGCUGAGCAACAAGCUGCGGUGGUCUAUCUUUUUGACCCAUCUGGCAAAUCCGGUGUUAGCGGAAAUGUCAAAUUCAUCAAAGAAGAAAAGGGCGUUCAUAUCGAAGGAGAAAUCCAUGGACUCACCCCCGGGAAACAUGGCUUCCACAUUCAUAAUCUAGGAAAUAUUGGACCUGGAUGUACGGGUGCAGGACCUCAUUUUAAUCCACUAAACAAAACCCACGGUGGCCCCACGGAUCAAAACCGUCACGUCGGUGAUCUCGGCAACAUUGUAGCCGACGCAAGCGGUGUUGCCAAGAUCAACUUCAUCGACAACGUCAUCGACCUUGAGGGAAGCCAUUGUAUCCUUGGACGGGCCGUGGUCGUCCACGAAAAAGAGGAUGAUCUUGGAAAAGGUGGAAAUGACGAAUCCCUGAAAACUGGCAACGCUGGAGGAAGAUUGGCGUGCGGUGUCAUCGGCAUCCUGUAAAUAUUUUGAUCAAAUGGAAGAACUGUGUCCAGAGCAGGUUUUGAUCAAGUUAAAUUUCAACAUAAGGUCAUUAAAUUAGUUUGGAAAAUUCAAAAAUGUAGAAAAUCUUGAAGACUUUGAAAAUCUUUAAAAAUGAUUUGAAAAAUAUGAAACUUUGUGAAAUUUCAAUACUUUUAAAAUCUCGAAAAUUUUGUUAAUUUCAAAAUUUAGAAAAGUUAGAAAAUGUUGAAUAUUUUGAAAAUUGUAAAUGUAUAUUCUAGAAUACUUCUCAGGGAAGCGUCAUUGUUAGCUUAACACUAAAGGAGAAACCAGUCCUCAAACGACAAAAAUGGCGCUGAAUUCCCAAGUUAUCUUUUGAGGCCAAUGGUAGAAAUCGACAUUUUCUAGUCAUAUAAACAAGAUUUUCGUUCAAUGUACACUCAUCCCACUUGUUUUCUUUUGAAUCGAUUCGAAUACGUAAUCGUAAGCAUACAAAAAAUGCCUGCUCCAAGCAUAGUACUUUACCUGUAUUCUUUUGUUGUGCUUCAUCGCCUUUUCUUUAAUGUUUUCUGUGCUGCUUUUGUAAGAUUCAACUGUGGAACCUGUAAAAAUUUCCUUACUACGAAAUAUAUGGUUCUUGUACUGCUAUUUUUGUUCGAGAUCAUGCUGUGUCGUUUUUCAUUUCAUUCCUUUUUACCCAUUUAUUUUGUUUCCUAAUGUGAAAAUAAUAGAAAGAAUAAGAUGAUCCAGGCGAUGAAUCAAGUUCUUCUGUGGUAUGCUAUCUAAUUUUUUAAAUAAGCCACUUAACCUGGAUUCAUAGGGUUAUGAAUGGAUAUAAAAAAAUAAAUGUCCAAAAUCUUGUUUAGCAACCCACUGCCUAAUCAGUUUUUCCUUAUACACCUUGGGAAAAAACAUUAUUAUACAUUAUGAUGAGGAAGAGAGAUGGAAAUAUACAAAAGUAUGUAGGUGCGUGAAAGACACUCGAUUGUAGGAUCCUAUGUGGCAGCGUCGGAGUGUGACGGACAACGGGGUAAAGUAGAAGAGUGAUAAAAGAGAGAGAUGGCAGAACGGGCGCUGGCGCCUACCGCUUAGACGGAUGCGCUCAACAAAUGCGAUUUGUUUCUCCCAUUCGCAGAGUUGCCGAUACCAAUAUGUCAUAUUUCUAAGAAAUCUAAGUCUACCCAAAUUUCGGGAUUUGCGGAUUCCACAUAAAAGUAUUCCAAAAAUGAAAAAAGUUCAAACCAUUAAAAUUGUAUUAAUGUUUCAUGGUUCAAAUCAUAUUUUUCAUGUUUGUAUAUCGUUGUAUAAAUGAUUUUGUAAUCCCUAUUCUUGUUGCCAGUAGAGAUACAACAGUAUUGAGAGAAAUCAUGGACCGCUAGAUAGGGCUACAACUACCAUAUGACUAUCAAAUAGUAGUGAUAAACAGGGUUUGUUUAUAGCACAGUUGCCUGGUGUGGCGAAUUUGCGCCAUAGGGGCGAUUUGACAACUUUGAAGGACAACUAUAACGGUUACUAUGGUGCCCGGUAUUCGGGAAUCUGGCAAUACCUGAUGAUUCCUAACGUUUAUUACGCCAGAUUGCUUGCUGACUUGCGCAGUACAACAUGACAAUCAACGUGACUGAGCACCUGGUAACCCUGGUUUAAGGUGUUAUAUUUAAAGAGCUUGGGGCAGUUAGGUAUCUAGGUCACAUUUUUUAAUGUAUUUCGAGAAAUCCGUAAUGUUGAGUAAAUACUAGAUCACGUUUCUUGCUUAGUUUGCUGAAAAUUCUACAAUAGAUGUACAUUUUGAGAAACAGAGAUUUGGUGACGACAAAAUCGUAAAAAUAUAACGCAUUUUCGUAAAAUAAUUUCUUUGUUGAAAAGACUGUGGCUUGAUGACGCAUUGAACGAGCAUAGUGUCCGGCUCCGCUUUGAAUAUUCGAAACACUAUACUCCAGCAGCAUUCAGCUUCAAUGUUAUCUUUAUGAAGUUCUAACGUCUAGGCCAUGCUGAUUAAAAGCUUGAAUGAAUCAACACUUAACUCUAAAUUCCCCACAAUUCGGGAAGCUCUACUCAAAUUGGCAACACAGCGUAUUUGCCUAUUAUUCUCAUUCGUGAUACAGGUCUGCGGUUAACGGUAGGAAAUAUGUACGAAUAGCGAUGAAAGUAGACGAGCCGAUGCGCUGUUGCCAAGAAAUGAUUUCCCAUGUAUAACAAUGGUUUUUCCUAAGGUGUAUAGUACAGUCUAAGUAUACCCCUCACUCUAAGGUUAGAUCCGCCCCCCAGAGUUUUUAUCUGGAUACGCCACUGAGUUAGUUUACUAUGUUAGGAUGCAAAUAGGACAAUUGCCGACUUUUUCAUAAAUUAUGUGUAAUACCAUUAGCAACAAAAUAGUAUCAGUAGAAAAAAUUUGGCCCAUCUAGACGUAACUGAGUUAUGUACUCGUAUAAUAACCUGCCGAAAUUGUAUCCGUUAACAUGAUAAACAUUUCGUGGAAUAAAAAUAUGCUAGAAUUUGAAAUCUUGUCGGCAAAUGCUUACACAUUUAGAAUGUAUAUAAAAGUAAGUACCAUCUUCUUUUUAUAGGUCUGGGGACUUUACGUCAAGUAGCUCAAAAUCAGGUUCCUGUUCAGUUUUAAUAGCUCUUAUUGCGGUAUCAUUCUUAAAAUUUGUGAUAACUUAAUAAUUUGAUUGUAUCAUUGUAAAAAAUGCAGUUUAUUUUCUG